AUGGACCAGAAAAAGAUUGAGGCAGUUACGUCAUGGCCGCAGCCCAAGACGGUUAAACAGGUCCAGGCCUUCCUAGGGUUUGUCAAUUACCUCCGCCGGUUCAUCCCCAACUUCAGCUCUGUUGCGCGCCCUCUGCAUAAUCUCACAAAAAAGGAAACCCCUUGGUCAUGGGGUAACCAAGAGGAAGCAGCAUUCCAGGAACUGAAACUUCUUGUCAUCCAAUCACCGGUUCUUGUCCAUUCCAACCCGGAUCUACCCUAUUACCUUGAAACAGACGCAUCAGGGGUAGCAAUGGGAGCUAUACUCAGUCAACAAGGCCUAGACAAUUGGCUUCAUCCAGUUGCAUACAUGUCCAAGUCCUUCUCUGGCGCCAAAGCUAAUUAUGACACACACAAUAAGGAAUUAUUGGCAAUCAUCAAAGCACUGGAGGAAUGGCGGAUCUUCUUAGAAGCAACGGGUAGACCCAUUCAGGUGUUCACUGAUCAUUGGAAUCUGGAAUACUGGAUGCAGGCACAAACCUUCAAUUGCAGACACGCUUGUUGGCGCAUCUUCCUGAGCAAUUUUAAUUUCAAGAUCCAUUAUUGCCCAGGAAAACAGUCAGGGAAACCAGAUGCCCUAUCCAGAAGAUUGGACUACACAGAUGAGCCAAAAGAACCAGAAGUCAUGCUCCCAGAAGAAGUAUUUGCAAACACAUCGGAAGAGGAACUUGAUAUCGUCACAGAAAUACGUUCCAAGCUAAGGGAAGACCCUUCCCUGGACCAGAUCAUCCAAUUCCUGACAGAAGAUGCGGAUAAUGCGCCUCCCUCCAUCCGGAAGGCCUAUUGGGAUUAUGACUGGGAGGAAGACCUCCUAUGGUAUUGCGGAAAAUUGGUAGUGCUGGACUCAGAACCUCUAAAGGGUUGGUUACUUAAGGAAUUCCAUGACUCCCCGCUGGCGGGUCACCCAGGGCAACAGAGAACAUUGGAACUCCUCAGCCAAAACUACUGGUGGCCAGGCAUGAAGUCAUCAGCCAAGGAAUGGGUAGAAUGUUGCCCCACCUGCCAAGCCAAUCGCCGCGCUCACAACCCAGUCAUAGCCUUGAAACCCUUAGAAGUUCCCCCCUUUCCAUUCCAUACCAUCUCAUACGACUUUAUCACAGGCUUCCCCAAGUCAGAAGGAUAUGAUGCAAUACUGGUGGUCAUAGAUUCAUUUUCCAAAUUUGGCCACUUCAUUCCAACCUCAAAAAAGGUGUCAGCUAAAGGAUUGGCUAAUCUCUUUGUCACCCAUAUUUGGAAACUCCACGGACUCCCUGUUAGAACCAUAUCAGACCAAGGGACAACGUUUACUGGGAAAUUCCUCAGAGCCCUGUACCAAAGGCUGGGGAUCCAACCAUCCUUCUCCUUGGCUUAUCACCCAGAAUCAGACGGACAAACCAAGCGCGUCAACCAGUUCAUCGAGUUCUACCUAAGAUCUUACGUAGCAGCAGAUCACUCGGAUUGGGCAAAAUGGUUGCCACUUGCGGAGUAUGCGUACAACAAUGCAAAACACGCUGCAACCGGAAAAACCCCCUUUGAACUGGUUUAUGGAAGGAAUCCCAUAAUGAACCCAUCAACCGUACCGGCCAACGUACCAGAAGCAGACCUUGUAGCCAAUACCCUGGCCCAGGAAUGGCAGGAGGCAGAGUCAGCACUCAGAAUGACCAAGGAACGCAUGGCAAGACCAAAAGGGAUAAUACCAGAAUACUCCGUGGGCAAGAAAGUAUGGCUUGAUGGAAAAAACGUGGUACUUAGGACAAACUCUAACAAGCUGGAUCCCAAGCAACUAGGUCCGUUCAAAGUCACAGAAAAAGUAUCAAGCCACGCCUACCGCCUGAGACUCCCAGACACCCUGAAAAUCCACAAUGUGUUCUAUGUAGGGUUGCUGUCCAAAGUACACAAAUCCCCCAGUCAGCCCUUUCCAGAAAGACCCCCUCCUGAAACCAUAGAAGGGGAAGAGGAGUACAAAGUCAAACAAAUCAUUGACUCCAAGCGACAAUGGGGAAAAUGGUUUUACCUAAUAAAAUGGAAGGGAUAUGGUCCGGAAGACAACUCCUGGGAACCAGAAGAACUCCUGGAAAACAGUCAAGAGGAGAUUCAACGCUUCAACAAGUCACAACUGAAAAAGGCUUGUGACUCUGCCAAGAGCCUUUAA